AUGCGAACAUUUGUCUCAAUAGCCCAGGAUGCAUGGGGAAUUUUUAUAUCCGAAAGGAAGCCUGGCUGGAAGUAUCUGAUGCAGCUUUUUGCAGUUUGCUCUGCAGUUGGCUUCCUCUCAAGCUUUCUCUUAUUCCUUGGCAUGCACUUCUCCCUGGCAGACCACUCUUUGGGUCCCUUACUGAUUUCUGGCUUCAUCUGGAUAUCGCUUUCUAUCGCGCUCUCCUGUUUCAAGCACCUGCGCUGCUUUAGUGUCCUGUUCCUUCUUUCUUGUGGACUGCUUGCUCUUAUUACUGCUGGCACAGGUGUCGUGGUGGCUGGCCACAUCCAAAAUAUUUUUCACAACCUGAAGGUUCUGGCAGACAGUAUAACCUGUCAUUUAGAGUAUGAGCAAUUUGCCUUGAUAAAAUAUUAUGUUGAGGCAGUAAAAUGGAUUUACGAGGCGGCCAAGGUUUCCACUGAACUAUCUAAAUAUAUAGUGUUCCUAAAGCAUGAAUUCUCACCAUCUUAUUCAAUUUCAGAUGAUGCGUUAAAACAAGAACUAAAUGACACAAAGCAAGAAAUCCAGAAAGUUGCUAACCAAAUAUCUUUUAUGCUGACUAUACUGCCCUAUAUAGGACAGAAAGUAUUGCCUGUAGUGGGGAUUUUUCUAGCUUCUUUGGGAACUGGUCUCUUUAUCAAAAAAUUUGUGGGCUCUCACAGUGCCAAAUUUGAGAAUACUUAUAUCACAAAACAGUUCAUUGCAUUUGAUGAGCACCAAAAGCAACAGGAAAGACCCUGUCUUCUGCCACUUAACAAGAAAGAAAGAAAAGAUUAUGUGACAAUCCCAUCUUUCUGCCUCACAAGGAAGGACAGAAAAAACAUGCAGUCAUUUUUUCUCCCUGUAAUUAUUCAUCUUUGCAUCUGGCUUCUGUUUGCUGCCAUAGAUUAUUUGUUUUAUUGGUUAAUUAUUUCUGUGAAUAAACAUCUCCAAGAAGUACCGGAUCUAGAGAUUCAACUCAGCCUCUUUCAGCAAAGGAAUGAGAACAGCUUUAUCAUUGGUAUGAAAGAGCAUAUUGCAAAAACGGAUCCUUUCAAGAUCUCUUUGUUCAAGCAUGUCUGCAUCCCUCAGCCAGAGCUUGCUCUCUCCAAGACAUGGAUCCAGCUUGGAGUCAUCAUCUUCUUCUUAAUCAUUUUUGGGUUACUCUCUGGCCUUCUGACCCAACUUAAAAUAAUUGUGUCAACUUCAUUUUAUCCUGACAUCGAGAUGAAACGGAUACAGUAUUUGCAUGCAAAAUUACUCAAGAAAAGAGCAAAACUACAAGAGAAAACUGGGAAGAACCUGCUUGCUAGAAGGGUCAACUUUUGGUUUCCAAUUCUGAAGGCAAGAGAGGCAGUGAGGAAGAAAGAAACGAGUGUGGCAAAUCACAACACAGUGUGA